GAGCUUAAAGCCUGGAGGAAAAGAUUUGUGUGGCUGCCUUUAAAAAGAAAACAUGAAGUAAGUCCGUGGAGUCACAUGGCUCGAGUGGACUCGGCGUUUCACAAGUGUCCCAGUGUGUUUAAAGAAGAGUGUAGCACGAGUUGUAUGCGCGUCCAUGCGGUGACAGCAGCUGUUUGUCCAAUCACUCGCGACGAUGGCAAACGGAAAUGAGACGGUUGUUUACUUUUCUGAGCAGGUGGUCGUGCUGUGUUCCUGCGCGCUGUCGUUCGUGGGCUCCUCUCUCAUCAUCGUCACCUUCAUCGCGUGGUCAGAUUUACGCACCACUCCGCGGAGACUGCUGGUCUUCCUCUCCGUGUCGGACUGGUUGUCCGCCGUCUCGUACGCAUACGGAGUGUGGAGCGUUUUCCGCACGAACUCGGUGGACUGCGUCGUCCAAGGAGCCGUGUCCACUUUCGCAAACACCAGCUCCUUCUUUUGGACUGUGGCCAUCGCCAUUUACCUGUACGUCUUCAUCGUCAGGUCCAGCCAAAGAGUCGCUGACAGUCUGGUGCUGGUUUUUCACCUGGUCAGCUGGGGCGUUCCUCUCAUCAUCACUGUUGCAGCCGUGUGCCUGAACAAGAUUGGCUAUGAUGCGUCUGAGGUGUCCGUGGGCUGGUGCUGGGUCAGCAUCAAUGCUCCUGACCGUGUCCUGUGGAUGCUGCUGACUGGAAAGAUCUGGGAGUUUCUGGCUUACCUCACCCUCCCUGUCCUCUACAUCCUGAUCAAGAGGCACAUCCACAUCGCGCAUGCCGCCCUGUCCGAGUACCGGCCCAUUUUGGCCAACAGGCCACCGUCCCACUCCUUCUCCUCCAUGGCUGACAGGAAGCUGACAUUCAUUCCUAUCAUCUUCAUUGUCCUGCGCAUCUGGAGCACGGUGCGCUUCAUCCUGCUGCUGGCGGGCUCUGCAGCCAGACAGAGCCCAGUGCUCGUCACCUUACAUGGUAUUGGCAACACCUCACAGGGAGCAGCCAACUGCAUCCUGUUUGUGUUGUUCACCAAGCCCAUGCGCACACGCCUGUGCACGGCACUCUGCUACUGCUGCUCCAGGUGUCGAGCAGAGGGCCAGUACUCGCACGACGCCUCUCACAGGCUGCUGCCGAACCAGGACGCGUCCACACAGAGAGGAGGAGGAGGAGGAGGAGGAGGAGGAGGAGAAGAAGACGACGGCGGCAGCAGCAGCCGAGCUGGGAAUCAAAGAUGACGCCUGGUUCUGUGGAUGAGGGGGAGAAGACGGGCGGCAGAGGCUUGUACGUGAAGUGCGUGGUGGCUCCACGGCCUCCUCUUCUCACCGAGCCUCAUUAGAGCAAGUGCCUACAGAGAGGGAUGGAGCUUCUGCUGGUGCGUGCAUAUGUGUGGCACAGGAAAAGUCACACGCCUGCACUUUGACUGAUGUGAAGACUCUACGCCCGCUUUUGAUGAAACAUUUGAAUAUGACAUAAAUGACUCAUCCAGAUA